CAAAUGCCUCAACAACUUGCAAAAGACUUACGUCUCCAAGUAUCUCAAAGUCACCUAGUGCCCCGAGGAAUUCCAGUGCAAUCAAGCCUCCAAAGUUAUCAUCCAGGCCCUAUGAGCAAACUACGUUACCUACUAUCUCAAAGUCCCCUAGUUCCUGCUGGAACUUCAGUGCAAUCAAGCUUCCAAUGGCAUCCAGUCCCCACUGGCAAACUAAGUCAGCACAUGACUCAAAGUUCCCUAGUUCCUACAGGAGACCCAGUACAGUCAAGCCUCCAAAGACAUCAAAUCCCAGCAAGCCAUCAAAAUCUCCAGAUGUCACAAAGUCCUCUAGUUGCUGAAGCAACUUCAACACAAUCAAACUCCAAUGGCACCUAGACCCUGAGAGGGACAUAGGUCCCCAAGUGUCCCCAGGACCAUCAAUGAAAACAAGUUCCUAUAUGUAUCCAGGUCCCCUAAUGUACCCAGGUCUCCCACCACUGGGAACCCACCCAGUGAACCCAAGUCCCCAGUUACCCUCAUGUUCCCCAGGGAGUCCUGGUUUUGAGGAUUCCCUAGACUUUCUGGAGCCCUCAGAUAUAUACAGCAACCAGAAAGUUCCCCUCAACUCUCCGGAGAGACAGAAGAAAACACGCACUGCGUAUUCAAAGCGAGAAAAGGGGCUGCUGCAAGAAUAUUUCAGUAAAUGCAUGUACCCAAGCCGGGAGAAACGCAUGGAACUGGCACAAGAGAUGGGUGUGACAAAGCAACAGAUCCAGAUCUGGUUCAAGAACCAACGGGCCAAGCACAAACGGAAGAAUGCUUCAGAAGGAGUGCCAGAGACAAGUGGAAGUUGUAAAGGUGUUUCAGAGUCAACCGGUUCCUGUGCUCCCUUAUCUGUACUUGCCUCAGCCAAUGGAGAGUCCAUGUCUCCAGGUACAUCUGGUGUGGGCUCCAUUCCCAACCUCAACCCCUGCCUGGAAGCUUCUCUCCAUGGUGAUCAGGUCUGCAAGGGUGCCAGGUGUAGUCCCAAAGAGAACCUGUUUGAUUUUGAAUCCCCACUUGCAGCUGCCCACCCUGGCCAACCCGAAGCAAAUGAAGCCCCAACUGACCCAGCAGUAGCUGAAGGUACAGCCUCAGCUGAAGCUCCACUUCCCAUGGCAUCUGCACCCCAAGAACCAGAGGAUGCUCAAGACUCAGAUUCAUCUUCUGAGAAGCUCUGGCAACAAGUCCUUAAGGACUUGGACACAUUAGAGGACUGUUAGACUUGGCCCGACAUCUUCUGUGAAUUUGCCUUUUCCCAAUUUAA